ACUACCUAAUAUAACAAGUCUGCAGUUUCCAUUAUAAAUAAAACAUGGUGUCAGAAGAUGGUGAUAAGUCUGAAGACGAAGAACGCCACGAAAAAGAAGUUUCCAUUAUUGGGUCCAUAAAACCGCUAAAAAUUGACAGUCAAGUUCCAGAAAGAUGGAAGAUCUGGAAGCAAAAAUUUGAAAUUUAUACUGAAGCCAACAAGUUAGACGACUUCCCAGAGACGAGAAAGGUGGCCAUAUUCCUUAAUUUACUAGGAGAUCAAGGUUUGACAAUAUUUAAUUCUUUCUCAGUAGAUAGAAAGACUGCCACUCUCAAAGAAGUAAUUGAUAAAUUUGAUGCUAAAUUUAACCCAUUAAAAAACUUAUCCGUUGAAAGGUAUAAUUUCUUUUCGCGACAACAAAAUUCCGAUGAGGAAUUUGAAGAGUAUGUUACGGCGAUAACCAACCUAAGCAACUCCUGCGAAUUUAGCACAUUAAAAGAAAGUCUAAUAAAAGAUAAAUUUGUCAUCGGAAUAUCCGAUAAAAAAGUUAAGCAACGACUUUUACAAGAAGACAACUUAACUAUUGAUAAAUGCCUCAAAAUUGCGAAAAGCAUGAAAUUAUCUCAUGAAAGGUCUGCUAAAAUACAAAGCAACAAUGAUAAUCAAACUGUCGAUGCAGUUUCGAAUUCGUACCGUCAGCAUCGUCGAUCAAGCACAACAGGGAGAAGCAGGUCACAAUCUCAAGGAAUGUCACGCAACAACAACUACCACCGUCAAGACAAAAGUCCCAGCACCAACUACCAUCGUCAAGAUAGGAAUUCUAGCAACACGCGUACAGGCACAUGCACACGUUGUGGGCAAAUACAUCGGUUUAGGUGUCCAGCUAAAGGAGUCACUUGCAGAAUUUGCAAGCGAAAGAACCACUACGAAAAGUGCUGCUACUUCAACAAGAAUGUCGACAUGGUAACAAAAUACCCAUUGUUGGAGGAUGCUACUUAAAAUGCACAUUUUCCAACAAUGAAACAGCAACGGUCUAUUUUGUGGUAGCAGAUAUUGUAAGUCGAACUAUUAUUGGACAACAAACCAUUGAUGAAUUUGGGAUAGUUAAAAGGGUAUUAAACAUUGAAGAACAAAAGGUCAGUCAAAAUCCUAAAAAGUCAUGUCUAAAAUCUUCAAAAUUAAGGUCAAUACCCAAUAUCGUUGACAAAUAUGCUAACUUAUUUGAAGGUCUAGGUUGUCUACCCGUAAAAGCUCAUUUAGAUGUGGAUCCCAGUAUUAAACCUAAGAUUAGUGCCACUAGAAGAAUACCUUUUGCUUUACAAACGCGUCUAAAAGAAGAAUUAAAUAAAAUGGAAAAAUUAAAUGUCAUUGAAAAAAUUGAAAAGCCUACUGAUUGGGUCAACUCUAUUGUCCUAGUCGAAAAAGCAAAUGGUACCCUUCGAGUCUGUUUAGAUCCACGAAGCUUGAAUGAAGCUAUAAAAAGGCCUCACUAUACGUUUCCUACAUUUAACGAUCUUCGAUCAAAUAUAGCUGGAGCAACAGUUUUCAGCAAAUUAGAUGCGAGCUCAGGAUUCUGGACAAUACCUUUAGACGAGGAAAGUAGCGAUCUAUGUACAUUUAAUACCCCAUUUGGCAGGUAUAAAUUCCUUCGUUUGCCUU